AUGUCACUUCUACAGACUAUCCAUCUCGCCCAUCUCCCGCCCUCGUUAGUAGUCCAUGUUGCGCUCUAUCGUGAUGUGAAGAACUCCCCGUUUCUAAGGGAGCAGCUUAUUUCUGCAAACUCCGCUUAUGAGUACGCUUUUAUUGAUGCCAGAAUGAUACUUUCGACCACCCAUGCCCUUUCGGCUGCAUUUAGAGCAAUAAACGACUACGAAAAUAAACGGUUAAAGUCAAGAAAUGUGCACUCGGAGAUAGUGUUCGCCUUAAGCCCGAACAAUAAUAUUGCGGAUGCCUUCCGCCGCUUUGGGAUAACGGACUCGACUAAGGACCUCCUUGUGAUGAAGGUCAGCACGUCUCCAGAGAUCACACGUGAGAGCGUGUCGAAACAUCUAGGAGAAGCGAUUGAAGGCACUCCUGUGGCUUUUGAUGACGCAGCCUUAAGCCAGAUCACAGAUACCGCAAGGAUACAGAAGGCGUAUAAGUUAUCAAGCUUGUCGGAGCAGACACUACCCAAGAAGCUAGCGAGUGCUUUGGGCAAGGAGGACGCCGAAAAGGCCCACAGGAAACGGCUAGAGAUAUCUGUUAUCGGAGCUAUCGCUCUAAGAGGUUCAUGA